CUAUUGGUGCUCAUCCCGAAGGGCCGCAUAACAUAGUGUGUGAUUGGACGGAUCUGUGGGUGGCGCCGCGACGCUCCCUUAUUUGACUUUUGUUUUUCAGUUGGGUUCCCCGACUCGGAGGCAUUUUGCGUGGUGUGACUUGACAGCAUGAACUUCACCCCGACACGUACUCCUGUCUACACAAAUGAUCGCACCAGGUGGCAGGGGAUGGCGGACUCGAUGGAAUCAACUCCCUUGCCUUCUGUCCAAGAUCGUCUGGCCGUCCUCUGCCCGUCUCAGGAGCUUCUGGCGUAUUAUCAAAAGAAGAUGGCUGAGUGUGAGGCAGAAAAUGAGGACCUACUGAAGAAACUGGAGCUCUACAGGGAAGCUUGUGAAGGACAGCAUAAACUGGAAUGGGAUUUGCAGCAGAGGGACGAAGAGAUUGCUGAAUUGCAGAAAGCUCUGAGUGAUAUGCAGGUGUGCCUCUUCCAAGAGCGGGAACAUGUUUUACGCCUCUAUUCAGAAAAUGAUCGGCUGAGAAUUAGGGAGCUAGAAGACAAGAAGAAGAUUCAGAAUCUGUUGGCUCUUGUGGGAACAGACACUGGAGAAGUGACCUAUUUUUACAAGGAGCCUCCCCACAAAGUCAGCAUUUUCCAAAAGACCAUCCAGACUGUAGGUGUGGGUGACCAGAAUGGAUCUUCAGCUUCCACUGCAGAUCCUAAAGUAAACAAAAAGAGACCAGCAGUGAGGGAGAAAGAAGAAAGUUCUGAGCAGAACCACAGAGACUUGCAGACACUCAUGCUACAGGUGGAAGCCCUGCAGGCUCAGCUGGAAGAACAGACCAAGCUUUCUAAAGAACAAGUGGAAGGGCUCCUGGAGGACAGACGGAUCCGCACUGAGGAAGUCCAGCUUCAGCACCAGAGAAAUCAGGACCGAAUCAAAGAGUUAACCCAAAAUCUCCAUCAGACCCACGAGCUGCUGUAUGAGAGCACUAAAGACUUUCUGCAACUCAGGUUUGAAAACCAAAGCAAAGAGAAGGAGUGGAUGCUCGAGAAGGACCGUUUGCUGUCCAAGAUCAAAGAAUACAGGGCACAGUGUAAGAAGAAAGAAGAUAAAAUUGGAAAAGUUCUGCCGGUUUUCCAUGACAGUCAUCAUACUCAAAAUGAGUAUAUUAAGUCCCUAAAGGAUAAGUUAGCACAAGAACAGAAGCUGUCCGCCAUGUACCAAGAGCAGUGCAUCUCUCUGGAGGAAGAGCUGGCCCGGCUCCGUGAGGAGGAGGGAGUGAGGAUGGAGAUCUUCAAGGAUCGCACCAACAAGAUGGGGAAGCGUUUACAGGUGAUGACAAGGCGUUAUGAGGCCCUGGAGCAUCGGCGGGUCUUGGAAGUUGAAGGCUUCAAGACAGAUAUUAAGGCGCUCCGACAGAGACUCAAAGAUCUGGAGCAAAUGCUGUAUAAGGCAACAGUGAACGCCCAAGCAAACCAGGACCUUGCCAUUCUGUGCGAAGUGCGCAACAGCAAUAGACGGGCCCACAAGUUACAAGGGGAGCUGAAGAGCCUCAAGUCCAAGGUGUUUGGCCUGGAGAAUGAGCUGAGACUCUGCUGAUGACCCCGGAUGGGGAAAGGAAACCGGAUCCUCGCUGAGUGUAGACUUGGAGUUCCCGCAGCUGCUG